CCGUCGCAGAAGACCCAAUUUCUGAAUCCAGGAAAAGAGCACUUUACUCCAUCAAUCAGAGCAAUAUACCCUCAACUUUAAUCUUUAUUCACGAUGGAUGGAAACAAAGACGAAGCUCUGAAAUGCUUGAAAAUCGCCCAAGAUUCAAUCGAAUCAGGCGAUAAAAACAGGGCCUCCAAAUUCCUCCAGAAAGCUCGUCGUUUGGACCCAUCAAUCGAUAUCGAUAGUUUCUUAUCAGAUCUCAAUGGCUCAGGAUCGGAAAACCCUUCCUCGGACAUCAACGAAAACCGCUCAAAUUCACCUGAUAAAAGAGAUAGUGGUCCCCGUCGUAGGGCUUCCGUAAAUGGGUCAUCAUCGGGUUCUUCGUCAACGUCAGCCACUAUUUCGAUGGCUUAUACGGAAGAACAGGCUACGAUUGUGAGGGAAAUUAAGAAGAAAAAAGACUUUUAUGAGAUAUUGGGGGUGGAAAAAAGUUGUAGUGUUGAGGAUGUGAAGAAGGCGUAUCGGAAGUUAUCCUUAAAAGUCCAUCCUGAUAAAAAUAAGGCCCCGGCGGCAGAGGAGGUGUUCAAGAUGGUUUCAAGAGCUUUUCAGUGUUUGAGUAAUGAGGAGAGUAGGAAAAAGUAUGAUCUUGUUGGCUCUGAUGAGCCAGUUUAUGAGACUCGUGCUAAUAGGCGUGGUCCAGGUGGAAUGCAAGGGUUUAAUGGGUUUUAUUAUGAUGGAGAAGUUGAUGCUGAUGAGAUUUUCAGGAAUUUCUUCUUCGGUGGAAUGCAUCCAGCUACAAGGACUCAGUUUGGUGGGUUUAGCUUUGGUCCAGGCGUUGAGGUGAGAAUGGGUGGUGAUCGUGGGUCGAAUGGAUUAUGGAGGACUUUGAUUCAAUUGUUGCCAGUUAUUUUGAUAUUGCUGUUGAAUUUUAUUCCCUCACAGCAGCCAGUUUAUUCUCUUUCGAGGUCUUAUCCCUAUGAUUAUCGGUUGACUACUGAGAAGGGCGUAAAUUAUUAUGUGAAGCCAAGUAAUUUUGAAAAGGAGUAUCCGCUUAAUAGUCAACAGAGAACAGAGCUCGAGCAACAAGUUGAGGGUGAAUAUUAUAGGAUCCUUGCACAUAAUUGUAGACUUGAGUGGCAACAGCUUCACUGGGGCUAUAGACGGGAGACACCAAAUUGUGAUGCGCUAAAACGGUUCGAGGCCAUAGCAUAAAAGCAUCAUUUAAGACACUUGUCGGAAGGAGGAGGUGAAAUAGAUCGUGAUUCUGAAGUUCGCCGGAUGUAGAAAGUUUUAGUUGCUGCGGCUUAUGCUAUGGUGUCCAAGUUGUGUUGCUGGUUGAUUUUUUUGGGGGAGUUGUGCUUGCCCGACUUCGAUAGAUUAGAUAAAUCGAGAAGAUUUAACAGAAAUAUGCAUACAUGGCAGCAUUACAUUGUGCUUCUUGUAUGAUAUGAUACUAUUAUUAUUUGACAAUCUUCAAUUUUGUGUUUUGACUCUUGAUCUAAUAAAGCAUCCACUAUUACGGGUUGAGGACUC